AUGGAGUCGUCGACGGCCCUCGCUACGCCGCCCCAGGCCGGCUCUUCCUCCUCGUCCAAGGCGAAGACGACGACGACGGCCAUGACCGUGUCCAAGGUCCCCGGCCGGACCAACAUGCCGGACGAGGCGGCCUCGAACCCGCACUACGUGGUCAAGCGCGGCGUCGUCAAGGGCUUCAAGAACCCGUAUCCGUCCUUCUCCAACUCGGUCGGCUUCGUGUCGCUGUUCCGGAACGUUGUCUGGCCCCUCCUCACCGGCCGCCUCAAGCGCCCAGACACGCGGCCGCCCACGGUCCCCGUCGUCAAGCCCGAGUGGCUGCCCGGGCGGCGGCGCGACGGCCCGGGCAAGCUGCGGGCGACGUGGCUGGGCCACGCGUGCUACCACGUCGAGUUCCCCUCGGGCCUGCGCGUCCUCUUCGACCCGGUCUUCGAGGACCGCUGCUCGCCGCUGGCCUUCAUGGGCCCCAAGCGCUACACGCCGCGCCCGUGCGACCUGGCCGACAUCCCCGUCGUCGACGCCGUCGUCAUCAGCCACAGCCACUACGACCACCUGUCGCACGCGUCGGUGCUGGAGAUCCAGCGCCGCCACCCGCGCGUGCACUUCUUCGUCGGCCUCGGGCUCGAGAAGUGGUUCCGCGCAUGCGGGCUGAACAACGUCACGGAGCUCGACUGGUGGGAGGACGUCGACCUGACCCUCCGGCUGGGCGACGAGGAGGAGCACGACGAGGGACAGCAGCCCCAGGAGGGGGAGGCGGCGGCGGGUGGACGGCGACGUGAGGCCAUCUCGGCGCGCAUCUCCUGCCUGCCGUGCCAGCACACGUCGGGCCGGUCCGUGCUGGACCGCGACGCGACGCUCUGGUGCUCGUGGGCGGUGCGCUCGGGCGACAAGUCGGUGUGGUUCGGCGGCGACACGGGCUACCGCUCCGUCCCGCGCAUCCUCGCGCCGCUCGCGGGCGCCACCGACGACAACAGGCCCGUGGCGGCCGACGACUCCGACUACGGCCCGGCGCACGAGGCGCUCCCGCGGUGCCCGCAGUUCCAGCAGAUCGGCGAGCUGCGCGGGCCCUUUGACCUCGGGCUGAUCCCCAUCGGCGCCUACCGCCCGCGCGCCGCCUUCUCCGCCGUCCACGCCGACCCGCACGACGCCGUCGACCUGUUCCGCGACACGCGCUGCGCCGCCGCCCUCGCCAUGCACUGGGGCACCUGGGCCCUCACCCUCGAGGACGUGCUCGAGCCCCCGCGCCGCCUGCGCGAGGCCCUGGCCCGCCGCGGCAUCCCCGAGACGGGCGUCUUUGACGUGUGCGACAUUGGCGAGAGCCGCGAGUUUUGA